CGCAUGCUCGUACGUCAGGAAGGAAGGAGUAUCCUCUCUCCAAGAUGGCAGCGAUCAUAGACAACAGCAAUGCCGUAGGGGCGACAAAGAGAAAGCACCUCGGUAUCCCAGAAGCGGUUUUUGUGGAGGAUGUCGACUCUUUUAUGAAGCAACCCGGCAAUGAGACGGCGGACGCGGUGCUGAGGAGGCUGGACGAACAGUACCAGAAAUAUAAAUACAUGGAGCUCAACCUGUCUCAGAAGAAACUCAGGUUGAAAAACCAGAUCCCUCAAAUCAGACAAACGCUAGAAAUCCUACGACACAUGCAGAAGAAGAAGGAAACCACAGAGCCAAUGGAGACACACUUCCUGUUGGCUGACAAUGUUUACUGCAAGGCGUCAGUGCCACCCACUGAAAAAGUCUGCCUAUGGUUAGGGGCAAACGUCAUGUUAGAGUACGACAUCGAUGAAGCGCAGGCUCUGUUAGAGAAGAACCUCUCCACGGCGUCUCGCAACCUGGAGACGCUCGAGGAGGAUCUGGACUUCCUGCGAGACCAGUUCACCACCACUGAAGUCAAUAUGGCACGAGUCUACAACUGGGACGUGAAGAGAAGGAGCAAAGAAAACCUCCUCAAAUCAGCAGACAAGUCUUAAUAUCGACGGGACGGCGUCCACACCACCUUCUGCUAAAUAUCUCUCCUUAGUCAGUACUAAAAAGAAAAAAAAAACUUUAAAAAAAACAAACCCCGUCCCCCAGACUCGCGUGUAUGUUCACCCCGGAGCUCGGCGCGUAGAGGGCGUGUUGGAAAUCUUUCCUCGAGCUGCGGCUUGAAGUUGAUUUCCAGCGUGCCCUCUAUGCUGCCAGCCUCCAACUUCCACCAGUACUGUUUUCUGUUGAUUUGUUACUUUUUAAAGUAUUUUUUCAAGUAAAAACUAACAAAAGCAACGAGGCAAUUUUUGUAUUCUUUUUAAAGAUUUGAGUAUGUUCUUGUCAUUUUAUUUGAUUGUUUUUGGCAGAUUGUGAGCGAGGGCUCUCUCACAUCAUCUUCUCUUUGCAUUUUCCCUCCUUACUGACCAGAUUCUCCUGUUUUUUAGUUCUUCUUUUUUGCUCCUCCUUCAGCAACAUUCACAUGCAGGACUUUAAGUUUCUAAAACCACGCUGUGAGUAGAAUAAAGCUCGUAGGAAAACCAUCAUCUCCACAGGAGACAAACAACACAAUAAAGUUAGUUUGGACUGUAGUCCUGCUUCACACCCACCACUGCUCCUCCUCCGUCCUUUGACCUUCCACACUCACCCAUCUCCUCCUCCUCCUCCUUUUUACCACUGUUCUGUCUGUAUUUAUUUGUCUCUCACUGUAUUCAUUAAACGAUGAAUGAAGUAAAAGGAGAACACUUGGGCAAAGAGAUGAGACCUUGA